AUGUGGGACAAGUAUCUUAUGAUGGCGGGUAAAACCUCAAGAGACGCUUUAGCAAAUUUUUCUGAAUGUGUGAUUGAAUUAUACGGUGAACGGUAUUUACGAAAGCCGACAUGGAAAGAUCUACAACGUGUAUAUGAUGUGCAUGAGGAACAACACGGUUUACCCGACAUGAUUAGUGCCAUUGACUACAUGCACUGGCUUGGUCCAAUUGUCCAACGACUUGGAAUGAGAUCCAUAUUGACGACAGGAGAGCUCAUUUCAAAAAAGGUUCAAAAAUCGGCCAUAAAAGAUAUCGAAAGGGUAUUUGGCGUUCUACAACAACGUUGGCGUUUUGUGAGGAACCCUUGUCGACUAUGGCGCAAGGAUAAAGUUAGAAUUGCUAUGUAUUGUUUCCUAAUUUUACACAAUAUGAUUCUAGAGGACGAGGGAAAAGUGAUUUGCCAAGAUUAUGAUCCGCAAUUGGUAGACGCAGGACAAGUUGGCGUACCUAUGGAACAAAGGUUAGACAAUUCCGCAUUUAUGCGAAGCUCUCAAGCACACCAAGCUCUAAUUGCGGAUUUACAACACGCUUGGAUGAGACGAUGGGAUGGCGAAGAAAAUGAAGAUGAAUAA